AUGUUUCGUGCGCGUCACUUACUGAACCGUACACCCUUCCAUGUAGCCAACAGAACGUCCCAGCACUCUCGCUGCCAACACUCGCCUUUUGAGCUUCCACUGCAGUCGAAGUUUCGGUGGUCAUACCUCUGGUAUGGCAGCAUCCUCGCCCUGGGGAUAUCCACAGGCCUCGGCGCCCGACAUUUCGCAGCACCACUUGGUCUGCCUGAACCUGGAUCGCGCGACGAUGCGCUUAUACUGCAGUCGCUGAACGCGGACGUCGAUAAGCUUGACAUUGUGAAGGAGCUGAGGAAGAAGAGCUACAGCGUACAUUCAGAUGUGCCGUUGUCAAGUGCAGCAGGUGUAGAGGUACCGAAGGCAUGGCUAGAGAUGGAUCUUGGUAAGAGCGAGGUAGAGCAAGGGGGUCUGCUGAGUGUUAUGAGCGGGACACGAGGAUUGGGUGUGCAGAGAGCAUUUUGGAAUGCCGACACAAGAGAAAUGGUCGCCGUCGUUUGGAUAGGAGGGGGCCUGUCAGGCUGGCCUAGCGUUGCGCAUGGAGGCGCGAUUGCGACUAUCUUUGAGGAGGCUAUGGCAAGGAUGGUCAGAGGGCCAGAUGGGAACAUCGAGCAGGUCCACCGCCCAAGCUCACUAAAAGUAACGUACGCAAAACCCACAUACAGCCUUGACUUCUACGUCUUGCGCGCCUCGUUUGCGCAACCAACCCUACCCCAAACCGAACCUGUACCGGAACCCGAGGCAGAGCCUACAAAGUCCUGGCUGUCUUGGUUGUCACCACAGAAGGACAUGACAAAAAAGUCUGAGCCGGGACAAUUGAUCGAGAUUAUUGGGACACUAGAGAGCGUCAAAGGUGAACUCUGCGUCAGGGCCAAGGGCACGUUUGCUGCCCCCGCAAUCACCAGUUGA